CUUCCCGCUGCCUCCCUGCUCGCCGGCCCCACUCCGAGCUCCGGGCGCCGCGCAGGCAGAGGGCAGAGAUGUGCAGCGAGAUGAUCCAGAUGCUGCCGGUGGGUUUGGACCAAGGCAAUCUCUAUUUCGAAGAACAAGUUUUAGAAACAGAUAGCUGGAAUAAGUCAGGAAAAUGUGAAUCCGCCCAAAUCUUCCGAAGUCCUAAUCACCAUGUCCUCAUAGUACGGUCACCUGAAGAAGACUACCCUGCAGUAUUUGAACGCAGAACAGACCAGGAAAUUCAGAACGUAUCAGGAAUCAAAUUUGACAUCCACAGUUACCAAGACACCAAGCCAAAGGGCCUGUCCGUGGCCUUCACCGUGCAAUUUAACGGCAAGACUUACCACAUGUUUGUGGAGAAAAGGGAAAACAAAAUGAGGGUGAAUUUUAAGGCAGGGAUGAUUCCCACACGGAUCGAAGGAGACACCAGUAACAUCAUCUUCAUCAAAACACAGUUUUCGGCUGGCAGCCGGCAAUUUUACAAGUUCGAAUCUGCUCUGGAACGUGGCUAUUUCCUGGCCCUUGAGGAUACUGAAGUUAACCAUAGGACUGUACUGGUGGUCAAGAAGGUAGAACUGCCAGAUGAAGUGGAUGAAUCCACCAAGCUCCACCACUCAUCACUCUGACAAGGAAACCC